AUUGAUAUCCACUAUGUACUGAUGUAACAUAUUGAAUUGGUACACAUACGACCUACAAGUCGACAAUAAACCAUGAGUCACAAAAGCCAAUAAUGUAAGUGGAGUGAAAAGAUGGGCCGUAUAUUUUACAAAAUGCAAAUGAGAUCUGAAUGAAAACGAAGAGAGUUGUGCAUAUGAUAAAGCGAUAGGGGAUAGUGUAAGGUUGAUUUCCAUGGAUUCGCUACGAAACAUUUUGGCGGACAAGAGGUCUGAGAACAAUGGGAUCAAAGCAAAGGGACGAAUGCAUAGAGGUUGGAUUAAAAAGACAUUCUACUUUCUGCUACCUCUUUUCGUAAUUUAUAUUUUUCUAGUAGUCUGCCAAGACAUCGCCGUGAAGCCUGGUAGUCUGAAGGAACAGUGUGAUGGUUCCGACGUGAAGAAAGUUCUACUGCUCACUUAUGCUCGGAGUGGAUCCACCUUCUCUUCAGAGCUGUUCAACCAACACCCUGAUGUGUUCUACUCUUUCGAACCCCUAAUAACCAUAGACAUUCCAAUGUUUACUCAGGUGACGGGCAAUAUUUUGAGCAAUCAGAAUAACCUUGCAGUUGUCGGUAAACUUCAGUAUUCCUGUCCAGAAAUUCAAGAUAUCAUCAACAGCGUAUUCGCCUGUAAUAUUCACCGAUUGUCAAAAAGUGCCAUGUUCCACAAUUUCUGGAUGAUGAAGGGAAGCCUCACAGACGUAUAUCGUAAUUGCUUCAUACAUGGUCCCAGGACUUGGAAACCUUCAAACUGCCUCGCAAACAAUUGCAUGAAAUCUAGUAUUAUAACUGUAAAAACAAUAUUGCUCCGCAUGAGUGUCACGAAGAGCUUAUUACGACAUCACCCGCAGUUGAAAAUAAUCCAUCUUGUAAGAGAUCCCCGGGGGAUUCUGAUGUCACGUUGGAAAACGUUCACUAACUAUGGUGUCAUUAAUGCUACUUUAAUUGAAAGAGAAGCUCGUGAACUAUGUGCGAAGAUGCUCACGGAUAUUGAACUCAGGGAUGAAAUAUCGAAAAAAUAUAAGACAACGUUUUUUCCUUUGAGAUACGAAGAUUUGGCUGAAGACCCUUUAUCGCAUGCAAAUGAAAUUUACAGGUUUGUUAACAUUUCGUUUCAUGAUAACGUGAAGGAGUGGCUAACAAAGAAUCACGAAAUGCAAGAUGGCAAAUUUGGGACGAGACGACACAAUGCAAGGGAGACGUCAUACAGGUGGCGACACACCAUUCCACAAGACAUCGCUAGCAUCAUAGAUGAUGCGUGCGUUCACGUGUAUGACAAACUUGGUUAUAAAAGAGUGCAAAGUUUAGACGAUUUAAGAAAUGACUCGUAUUCUUUACGGGUGAAAGAAUAUCGUGUUACCUUAUAA